AUGCCGCAUGUUAAGGACUUCUCAGUGGAAUAUAAUCCCAUAAACAAAGACGAUGUGUUCACCAGCGGCGAUUACAUCGCAGGACGCAUCACAUUCCAAGUGACAAAGGACUGCAAAAUAGAGUCACUCUGGAUCAAAAUGAAAGGAAAAGCCAAAGUGAAAUGGACCGAACACUACGGAAAAGCAAUCGUAGUACACCACGACCAAGAGAAAUACUUCAGUAUCAAGACUUUUAUCAUCCAGGAUGGCCAAGGUAAUAAUGUUGUCACCCGUGGCCGCCACAUGUACCCGUUCACCUUUCAAAUUCCUCGACAAAAUUUGCCCUCGUCAUUUAAAGGCUCGUGGGGGAAAAUCAAGUACACUCUGGAGGGAACUCUGAGCAGGUCGAUGAGGAUGGACAGCAAAGCCAAAAGUCGUUUUACAGUGGCCCAUAAAGGAAGCUGUGACCCGGCGUUGAUGGUUCCACAGCGCAGCAUCGUUGAUAAGAAAAUGCACCUCUUUUCUUCAGGCUCAGUCAGCCUGGAAGUGACUAUUGACAAAUCGUGCUUCUUCCCAGGGGAAGGCAUAAAAGUAGCGGCCUACAUUCACAACAGCUCAUCUGGAGAGGUCCGGCCCAAGUACUGUUUGUACAAAAAGUGCAGUUAUUUUGCAAAAGGCAAGAGGCGAGUUGAAACCAAAAACAUCUUGAAAGAGGUGGGCGAGUGCAUCCCACCUUCUACAGGCCACUCUGUCGUCAGGAUGGUCACCAUCCCCCCCACUACAUGCGCCUCCAUCCUCAACUGCAACGUCAUCAAAGCAGAAUACCGACUUAAGGUAUACCUGGAUGUCAAGUAUGCUUUUGACCCAGAGAUCAAGUUCCCGGUUGUCAUCCUACCUGUUAUGCAGAGGCCUGAGGAGCAGCCGUUUUCCACAAAUUCUGAAUUUGGUGCAAAUUCAAAGACGGUUGCCGCAAACUUUAAGCAGGAGCCAACAGCCUCACCUCCUCCAUAUGGCUUGUACCAAUCCAUGGCUGGUUUUAAUUUUAGUUAA